AUGUCUGAAUCUCGCGCUUCAAGUACAGUCAAGACACGCAUCCUCAUCAUAUCCGACACCCACGGCUCAGAACCAAAAGCCAAACCCGACGACGGCUGGCCGACCACUGAAGAUGAACUCGAUCAGAAUGACUUGAAGUGGGCUCACACGGGCUGGAGAGAGCCUCUACCAGAGGCGGAUGUUGUCCUCCAUUGUGGCGACCUGACCCUGCGUUCAACCGUCCCGGAAUACCAAGCAACAUUUGAUGUGCUACGCUCCAUCCGGGCUCCUCUCAAGCUGGUCAUUGCAGGGAACCACGAUACUGCUCUUGAUGAGCGCUUCUGGAUUAACGAAGCCCGAGGUACUAAAAGGACCAUGAACCAAGUCAAGGGCAUCGUCGAAGCUGCCAAAGCAGACGGGGUCCGAUAUCUGACCGAAGGCGUUCACGAGUUCACCUUGGACAACGGGGCUCGACUCAAGGUGUUCGCAAGCCAGUGGACACCUGUAUUCGGCGGCUGGGCAUUUCAAUACGACGACGGCCACGACUUCAAGAUCCCCGAGGGCAUCGACGUGGCCAUGACCCACGGCCCUCCGAACGGCAUCCUCGACUUUGCCGGCAUGACGGGGACCCGGGCCGGAUGCCCCGACCUCCUGCGCGCCGUCACCCAUGCGAAGCCAAAGAUCCACUGCUUCGGACACAUCCACGAGGGAUGGGGCUCACUCCUCGCCACGUGGGACGACGACAAGAUUGACCAGGAGCGGUCGAAAGCCGUUGGACUUAAGGGUCUGCGACCAAACCACAUAACACAGGAUGAGGAGACGUACAAAGCGACGAAGGCGAAGCUCAUCAAGAUGAGCCGGCAGAGGGGUGCGCAUCUGGAUCUCACCGAGGGUGACUACCAUCUCGUGCAGGGAGAGAAGACGCUGUUUGUGAAUGCCGCCAUCAUGAGUAUUCAAUAUCGAGCCAUACAGCUGCCGUGGCUCAUCGACGUCGACUUGGCCAAAGCCGAUGAGAGUUAG